AUGACUCCCACCAACAACGCGGCCUUUCUCACCGAGAAACAAUCUCUCGAGUUCAUCAUUCAAAAUGCACCGUACACUGCACCGCAGCAAGGCGAGCUGGUUAUUAGAACCCAAGCCGUAGCAGUCAACCCCGCCGAUUACGGCAUCCAGGCCCUAGGCAUCCUCCUCACAGAUUACCCCGCCAUCCUCGGCUGUGAUGUUGCCGGCGAAGUCGUCGAAGUCGGCGUUGGCCCUUGGAGCCCCGGCGACCUCGUCUUCGGGGCCGCCACACCUCUCCUGCAACGCCCGCCCGGCACGUACAGCUCAGCCGGCUUCCAAGAGUACAUCGUGCUCCGCGCGCCUCACGUCGCGCGCGUUCCACCCCACCUCGCCCCCAAGGACGCCGCCGUGCUGCCACUCGGCACCCUGACCGCAACGGCGUGCCUCUUCACGCCGACGCUGUUGGACCUCUCGCUGCCACAAGACCCAGCUGGGUCCAAGUCUCCACCCAACCAAGCCACCAGCAUCGACACCAGCACCAACACCCACAAGCUCCUCCUCGUCUGGGGCGCCAGCUCCAGCGUGGGCGCCUGCGGCGUCCAGCUCGCCGCACAGGCAGGCUACCACGUCGUCGGUGUGGCCUCUACACGCAACCACGACAUGGUGCGAGCCUGCGGCGCCCACGCCGUCUUCGACCACUCCGCCACCGACAUCGUGGAGCAACUGUUGUCGUACCUCUCGCAGCACGCCGAGCUGAAAGUCGUCGGGGCGCUCGACGCCAUCAGCACCGCGCACACGAUCGGUCCGCUGUGCGAGGUUUUGGCGCGGUGCGGCACCGGCGACACCAGUAUGCCGGUGCGGCGCUUCAUAGCCAGCGUCGUUCCUGGUGCGGAGGCGUUUGCAAAGCGGGGCGUCGCGGUCGUGACGGGCAUGUCGACGGAGGUGGACGAGGCGCGUUCCAGGCGGCUGUGGGCGUGGAUCGAGGGCGCGGUGGCGGACGGGCGCUACAAGUGCCUGCCACGGGCAGAGGUGGUGGGCCAGUCGGGGUUGGUGGAUGUGCAAGAGGGGGUGCGGCGUAUGGGGGUCGGUGUUAGCGCGGCGAAGCUUGUGGUUACGUUCUAG